AUGCCCAAAUUUAUCGGCUCCAUGAAGCAGUUGAGGUGCCUUAACUUGUCACACUCUUUCAAUUUUGUAAUUGUUCCUCAUGAAUGGGGAAAUCUCACUGAGUUGGAAGUCCUCGAUCUUUCAGGGAAUUUGUUGAGAGGCCCCAUCUCAAGCAUUCCAUUUCAAAACAUGACUUCUCUUGAGUACCUCGAUCUUUCAAAGAAUUUGUUGUGGGGCCCCAUCCCAAGCAUUCCAUUUCAAAAAAUGACUUCUCUCCGGCACCUUCAUCUUUCGUCAAACUCUUUCAACUCUUCAGUACCAAGGUGGUUCAAUAACUUGAGAAGUCUUGUCGAUCUCAAUCUUGCAAACAAUUUGUUGCAAAGCAUUGAAGGAGGGUUGUUCUCCUUCUUAAGGGAACGACCGUUCCUCGAGUCACUACGUUUGGAUGGUAACAAACUUCAUGAGGAGAUAUUUUUAGUGGAGGGAAGUUCUUCGAGGAUUAUUGGGAAAAACUUCAAGCGACUGGGGAUAAGUAAUAAUUUUCUUCAGGGGACUUUGCCAGAUUGGCUAUUUCACCUGAAAAACCUGACGGUACUUGACCUAUCAUAUAAUCAAUUAACAGGGAAUAUUCCCGAUGCAUUUGGAAGAUUGCAAGUCUUAUCAAAGUUAGAUCUCAGCAACAAUCUUCUAAAUGGCACUAUUCCACAGAGUCUUGGACAACUUCAAUAUCUUUACUAUUUAGAUCUUUCAGCAAAUUCCUUGGGAGGAACAGUUUCCGAAAUCCACUUCUCCAACCUCUCGAAGCUAUGGUUCUUAGAUAUCAGCAACAACCAUUUAGCUAUCAAGGUGGAUUCUGACUGGAUACCGCCUUUCAAUCUCUCGUACAUGAGGAUGGUGUCUUGCAAGUUUGAAACAGAAUUUCCGCGAUGGAUAAGAACGCAAGCCAAUCUCACGGAGGUGGAUUUGUCCAAUGCCUCCAUUUCAGGAUCUCUCCCAGAUUGGCUAGGUCUCAUGUCAUUAUCCUACUUGAAUCUCUCUCACAAUCAAAUAAAUGGAUCUCUGUCGAAAUUUCGUUCUAAUCUGCAUAAGUUAGAUCUCUCUUACAACCAGAUAAAUUCAUUAGAUCUCUCUUGCAACUUCGGAUCUCUAUCAGAAGUUCCUCGUUAUCUAUCUUUAGAUCUCUCUCACAACCAAAUAAAUUCAUUAGAUCUCUCUUGCAACCAAAUAAAUGGAUCUCAGUUGAAAUUUCCUCCUCAUCUAUCUUUGUUAGAUCUCUCUCACAACUUAAUUUCAGGACCAAUUCCGCAAGAUAUUGGCCUAGCGAUGCCUCAGUUGGAAAAUUUGAAUCUGAAUGAUAAUCUCUUAAGUGGUCCAAUACCCACCUCAAUAUGCAAGAUGGAGUUUCUGAUUGACUUGCACCUCGGAAGGAAUAAAUUAGUCGGCAAAAUUCCCACAUGUUGGAAGGAGAACCCGCGAAUACUCCUCGAUUUAUCAUCCAAUAAGUUGUACGGAGUCAUACCAAAUUCUUUGGGAAAUCUACUUUGGCUUACGUCAUUACACUUGAACAACAAUAGUCUCCAUGGAGAAAUUCCUGUGAGUCUAAACUAUUGUAGAAACUUGCAGAUUUUGGAUCUUGGAGAAAACAAAAUCUCAGGAAGUGUUCCACAUUGGAUUGGACCAAGUUUUCGAUUACUACAGAUUCUUAGACUGCGGGAAAACAUGUUCAAUGGAAGCAUUCCUUCACAACUAUGCUUACUCUCUACACUGCAAAUAUUGGACAUGGCAGUCAACAAUCUGACAGGAACGAUUCCAAAUUGUCUUGGCCAUAUGAAAGGUAUGAAACUGAACAAAAGCAUAGACGAAGGCAACUCACUCUCUCCUGCUUAUGUAGCUACACCUCCCAUGCUUGGGCCAACGGCAAUGUCCAUCGCUCCAUCGGAUUGGACUCAAGAGCAUGUGAGGCAGGUUGUGAAGGGGGUGGAUCUUGACUACACGACACUUGAUCUACAUCUUAUGGUGAAUUUAGAUCUCUCGAGCAACAAAUUGGUAGGGCCAAUUCCAGGAGAGCUUACCUUGCUCUCUAGAUUGCGAGGCUUGAACUUAUCGCGCAACUUUCUUUCUGGAGGCAUCCCGACUAUGAUUGGAGACAUGAGAUUGCUCGAGUCACUUGAUCUUUCGAAUAAUCACCUUUCAGGAACAAUCCCACAAAGCUUUUCUGCAUUCAUAUCACUGAGCAAACUAAACUUGUCACACAACAACUUCGCGGGGCCAAUUCCAAAAGGAAAUCAAAUCCAGACACUUGAUGAUCCUUCCAUUUAUGCUGACAAUCCUCUACUUUGUGGUGAUCCUCUACAAAAGAAAUGCCCCGAAGCAGAGGCCCCUCAAGGGCCGGAAGAAGUUGCCAAUGAAGAAGGUAAGCUUGAAAAGGUAAUGUUCUACAUAGUAAUAAUGCUUGGGUUUGCGACUGGAUUUUGGGGAGUUGUUGGCAGUUUGGUGUACAAGAAGAACUGGAGACGGGUGUACUUCAACUUUGUGGAUCGUAAAGUAGACAUGGUUUACGUGAUUGUUGCAGUGAAGGUGGCCAAGUUGAGGAGGAGAUUGAGAAGAGUGUAACGGGCUUGUUAUCCACAUCAA